UCCAGUCCGCCAGGUGGCGCUAACGCCCUCUGUGUUAGCGGCCAACCUCCGCCAGUAUAAAAAGGAAGGACACAACAAUUAUAUUAGGAGACAUUUGAGAAACAGGAAGAUCAGCUUUCUGGUAAACAUGGGCCACCACUUCGGAGACUUGGCCAGGGUCAGGCAUGUGAUCACAUACAGUCUGUCCCCCUUUGAGCAGAAGGCUUUCGCCAACUGCCUCUCCAAAGGAAUCCCCAAUGUGUGGAGAAGGUUCCGGGGCUCUUUCUUCAAAGUUGCCCCCUCAUUGGUGGUCCUGUACGUGACAUACACAUGGGGCAACAGUGCCAAUCAGGCCAGCAAGAGGAAGAAUCCAGCAGACUUUGAGAAUGACGUAUAAAGUCCUGCCACCUCUUCUAAAAGCUGUCCAAUGCUAUUAAUUCCAACUCUGUAUGUUUUACCAAUAAAGGCAAAAAAUAUUUACGUGAAA